GCUGAUAAUUUGGGCUUAAUUAAUUCAGCACACCAGUAAUCAAGUUUUGACUUAGCAUUAAACCAAUAGGCUGCCAUCACUAGUUAAGAAGCAUCCCUUUGUCCACAGGAGGCACCAAAAUCCACACAACCAUGUUAUACCCUGCAGAAAUAUACUCAGAUUUUGCCCAGACAUGAUCCUCUUCAGCCUUCAACUAUAUCCCUCCCCACCAAUCCAAACACACAAAUGCACACACAUGCUCUGCACCUGCACUCUGACUCUGUCAACCAUUGCACUUUUGACGUCACCCCCACCAGCAGCUCCGUCCGAAGGUCCCUGUGGACCUAUCUGGCACAAAAUAACCUCACAUCCCGAAAUGCAACUGCUUUUAUUCGUCAUUUUCUCAGGAAAAACCUCAGUGAGUGGGUAGGCCUUACAUUCCUUCUGUGGUUUUGCCCCGCUCAUUCUUUCUCUCUCUCUCUUCCUCAAUCUGUUUCUGAUGCUUUUCCAAGACAUUCCAGAUGUGGGAUAGAGCCCAGCCUGGCUCUGUUGCCGUCACUUUGUACCUUCACUCUGCUGCUGUGGGAUUUCUUCUCUCCAGAAAAAACUGUGGCUUUAAAAAUGGGCUUGAUCGUUUUUGUUGGAUGAAAUUUCAGGAAGCAGACAGUCAAAAGAUAAGACAAACAGGGCUGGAUGGUUUCUAGUGUUUCAAGUGGAAAGAUCUCAAGACUUUGGCUUGACAGCGAGAUGAUACUGAAGCAAUGUGUGGAAAAUAGCUAGUAUGUCUCCCUUGUGGAUUACAAAGUAAUUUGUUAAACUGUUGCAAGCACUUGUUAGACUUUUGCUUCCACUUGCAACAUUUCCAGCAGGGAGAAACAAUUUAUGCUCUUGUUGUGCCCACAUGUCCCGUGUUGUCUGGCCUUGCACAGGUUUAAGACACAGAGUCAUCACUCUGUUACAGCCCAGCCUCAAACUCUGUGCAGGAUGUCUGAAGGAGAUGUUACAGUGCUGCCGUUCAAUCUGUCCAGGCAGGAGAGCCGGACACUAACGAGGCUGUACAGCAUGAAUGGAGGGUACCACCUGAGGAUUCUACCUGAUGGGACUGUGAGCGGUGGGAGGCAGGAAAAUGACCCAUAUGACAUACUGAGCCUGAAAGCUGUGAGUGUAGGAGUGGUGGUCAUCAAGGGGGAGUCGACAGGAAGAUACCUGGCUAUGAAUAAAAAGGGGCGCCUUUAUGGAUCGCAAGCACUGACCGAUGAGUGCUACUUCCUGGAAAAGUACGAAGAAAACCACUACAACACAUAUCGUUCUCAGAAGUACAACUGGUACGUUGGGCUGAAGAGGAACGGCCAAGCCAAAGCAGGACCCGACACCCACCAGGGUCAGAAGGCCGUCUUUUUUCUGCCGAGGCCUGCAGGCAGCGUGUAAAGAGAGCCGUCAGUAGGAACCAUGACCACGCUCGCUCAAGUCUUUAUGUGCACAUUAAUGGAUCCGUGCAAAGUUUCCCAUUAAAAAGCCACAAUAUACCAGUACAUCAGGGCAGUGAGGCCUGAGGUAAACGCAUGCUGUUUUACAGGCUCUGCUUCACUGUGUACAGCUUAAAUGUGUUUAUUCCUCUUGUUUAUACAGUCAGGCUAAGCCUCUUAGAUUGUAUUUUUUAAUUGCUGGGACAGGAGCUUAUAUACGGCACACUUUCUUCUAUGAGCACAUAUACUCCCUCUGACUUAAAAGUGGAACAGUGUGCAGUAUCAACUCAUGUCCCAGUUGAUAAAUAGAUUUUCACUUUGAACCCUGCUAUGAAAUACCACGGCUGGGGGACAGCACAGCCUGUUUUACACAGAAAUAGUUGGAACAGUUGAUCAUGUCUGGCAUGAGGAGACCAACAAGGCAGUAAACAUAAAAGGCAGACCAUCUGGAUUGAACUCAAACUUCAUAAAGAAAACAAAGUCUCCAAAAACAGAGAAUAAAAGUAUUUAUUGGUAUAAUUACUUCAGUGCCUUUUGAGUAAUACUGCAGUAGAGUUCAUAUUUGCAGGGCUAAUCUUGACUUGAACUACAUUUGACUUCAAGACAGUUUUAUGCCGGUUCUUUUACUCAGCAACGCAAAAUGACUAAUAACAAACAGAUAUGCAACAUACAAUAAAAGAACAUGGCUAAGCUCUAUUACAUUUUUUAAAGCAGUGGUUCUCAAGUGGUGGAUCAGGACCUAAAAAUGGGAGAUCUUUAAGGUGGGUCGUAAAUGAGUACCUCAACUGUGGUACAAAGCCAAUGGUGCAUAGGAGCCCUGAGUGGAAAUACAUCCAUACUUUUUUUUAUUUUACUAGUACAUUUCGGUCAUUUCUCCAGAUUUCUACUCACUUAUCUCCCUUUCUUAGAAUAAAAAAGAUUUUUUUCCAAAGAUAAUGAGGUAACUCCUCAAUAAACUACCAAAGUUUGUAUAUUAUCUUGGAAAAAAAAUGUUUGCAUGCAAGCCCUUCUGUAACUAAGCACUUUAUAAACAUGCUUGUUUUGCUCAUUCAAGCAUGUACAAGUAUUUUUCAUUUAUUUAUUUCAGAAGUUGAAAAAUUGGGUUAUGAUUUCUCAUAAAAGAAGCAGUGGGUCCUGAUGCCUGACCAGCUGAGAACCACUGAUCAGAAAGAUUACAGUUUUUAAGUUCACUUUGAAGCUCCUGUAAUGAGUUUUUAAAUUAUUAUCAAUCAGGCUUAGAUUAAUUUUCAUGCCUCUAUAUGGCCUACAAAAGCAAAUCAGACCAUCAGCGACAGAUUCAGAAUAUUGGAAACUGCUGCAGCAGGGUAGCUGUCAGCCUGAAACAUUUUUAAAAAAUACACUCGAUUAGAGCUGUCAGUCGAAAAAACCUGCCUAAUUAUAAGCUUUGCAAUUAAUUAAUGGCAAUUAAUCGCAUAUGUCGAUAAUUGAGAAAGAUUGCAUUACUGGUAGAUUUGAUAAUAAUAGUAACAAAACAUUUAGAAAGAAAAUACUUUUGAAUGGCAUCAAAACUUUUUGUUAGCUUUUUGUACAGAAAAAAUGGAGACCGAUGACAGAUUGUCCACUUUACUAGUUAAUCCAGGAUGAUCAGAGUCUAUAGAAUAUGGAUUUAAUCCAUAAAUGAUAAAAAUUAAAAGCACAGAUAAUUUUUACAUGUUACACUUAAAGCUAAAAGCUUCUUUUGACAGCACUUCAUUUUAUACAACACGUUCUUUUUGAUUCAUAGAUUUGAGUGCUAAAAAAGCAGAAUGAUAUUACUGUGAAAGUGAGCAUGCCUGGUUGUCUGUCUCUAUAUGUCAGCCCUGCGAUUUAGUCCAGGGUGUACCCCCUUCUUGCCCGAUGACAGCUGGGAUAGGCUCCAGCCCUCCCCCACGACCCGGAAUGGAAUAAGUGGUAUAGAAAAUGGAUGGAUGGAUGGAUGGAUAUUACUGUGCAACACAAGAUACCCAAGAGCUAAACAUAUUUCUCGUCCAUAGGGGGGCCCCAAACUGACACAAGCUGAUAGUUUCUUACAGGAGCUUUUACUGUUUUUAUCUUAGGCCUGUUUUAUGCCUGUUCUGUAACUACUUGUGUUCUUUUAUAAAUAGUGCAAAAGGAUGUUUUAAGAAUGAAAAAAAAUUAGCAAAUUUCACACUAUUGAAACAUCUCUGAACUUUAUAAGAUCUCACUGAGGGUAAUAGUUUCAAUGCUUAUUUUAAAGGACCAGUGUUCAAGGGGUCUGGCGGGAGAGAGAUCUACAAAUGGAGCAUUACAUUGUGUACAGAAUUCAUGAGUUUUUUUCAAAUGCUAUCUUAUAAUGGAUUUUUAUAACUACAGAAAGUGAAGGUGUUUAUGGAGGCUGCUGUGUUGCAGAGCUUUUUACAUACUUAAUACUAGUUUUCUGAGCUUUUGCAAUAAAAAAAAAAAAGGUUUUCUUGCAAGCUGGUUGCAACAUCAACAAAGUACCAUUUAUUCAAGGAAAAUCUUUGUGUUAUUACAAUAUUUUGUAUAUGAAAGGGUUUGCACUGACCAGAGUAUAUGAAGAUAUGAACAAGUGUUUCACCAGGAUGUAUUUUUUGUAUUUUCACAAUGUGAUUGGGUGAAUGUGAAACUUUUAUAGUGACUGGUGAGUUAUUUUUAAGUUUUUUUGUGUAAAAAAAAGAGGAAGAAUAAGAUGAUGAAGAAGAUGCAACCUCUUACUGACAAUAACACUCAAGUAUUGAUUGUAAAUCUGCAUCAGCUUUUAAUGUAAAGAAGAAAAAAUGACCAGAUGUGGACUAUUCUUCUUCUCUGGACCACAGAAGUCAUAAAAAGUUCCUUUUUACAGCCAGCUGACAUUUCUGUAAACGUGUUUCUUUGUUCGUUUAAAACACCUGUUACUGCACCAUUACUAAGGGGAAACUAACAUUGUGAAUUUUAAUUUAAGUUUUAGAGUUUAUUGCUAAUAUAAGCAAAUAUUACUGAAUAUUGAUAUAGAGGUUUUAAAAAAUACAAUUUGUACUUUCACAGAGUCAAAGAUAUUAGGAUCACCUUUUGACAUAGUUAUAUAUAUUAUUGUAUUAAGUGUAACAAAAUGUAUGAUUUUAGUCUGUCAUUAAGAAUCAUUAAAUGAAAACUUUGAGUAUCCUAUAUAAACAAUAAAAAUGGAACU